AUGGCGGAGAGCAGAAACCAAAGCGAUAACUUGGCGUUAAAAACGCGAGUGCACCGUCAUUGAAACGCAGAUACCACUCACAAGUGAUUUUCGGACUUACUUACGGGUUUACCGAUGGGAUAUACGUCGGACGAGGAGGAGGAAAAAGGGAUAUUUUCCAAGGUUUUGGAUUUAGCGAGCUGUUAGCUGGCUAAGCUAACCGUUAGCUAGCUCCAAGUCGUGUGUGAUUUUUAACUACGCAGGUUUGUCAACAACGUUAAAUUGCUAACUUUUUACCCCCGGUUCGCAAAGAUAGUCGGGAAUCACAACAUGAUUUCGACAGCAAAAUAAUGCAUGCAAGUGGAUAACUAAAAAGUGAAAACAUCUUUAAGUGAAGCCUGGUUUAGCUAAAGUUAGCUAACUGCAUGGGAAUUAAUCAUCCAGCGUGACAACUCACAACAGCAGAAAAGGAUCUGUAUUUACGAGGAGGAGGAAAAGUCGGAGGCCAGCCGGCUCCUCCCUGCACCUGGGAUGGUGCCAUGUGACAGAGCGGCCGUGGAGCCAUAACCCCUCCCCCCCACCCUACCAGCACCACUGCUCCAUCACGUCCUCUCCACGCUGUGAGCCCACCUCUGACUCCCCCUUCCUCCCUUUAUCCUCGCUCUGAGCCCUGGACGUGGCCGACCACAGCCUCACACAUGACUCAGCCACUAGAGCCCUAGAUCAAGUCAGUUAAAGCUGAAAAUGAGUGCAGUAGGGGAGAACCCCCUGGACCCUGCCACGCCAGAGUCACGCAAGAGGAAGGGCUCACCAUGCGACACGUCGGGGCAAAGUGUGGAGAAGCGGAGGCGGGAGCUGGAGUGUCGCUACAUCGAGGAGCUGGCGGAGCUGCUGUCGUCCAACAUGAGCGACAUUGCCAGCCUCAGCGUCAAGCCCGACAAGUGCCACAUCCUCAAGAGCACCGUGGACCAAAUCCAGCAGAUGAAGAGGCGUGAGCUGGAGAAAGCAGCCCUUCUGUCUCCAGAUGAUGAGGUGCAGAAGAGCGACAUCUCCUCCAGUAGCCAGGGGUUGGUGGAGAAAGAGGCCCUGGGGCCCAUGCUGCUAGAGGCCCUCGAUGGGUUUUUCUUCGUCGUGAACCGGGAGGGCCGCAUCGUCUUUGUGUCGGAGAACGUGACGAGCUACCUCGGAUACGCGCAGGGGGAGCUGAUGACCUCCAGCGUCUACAGCAUCCUCCACGUGGGAGACCACAAUGAAUUUGUUCGCAAUCUGCUGCCCAAAAGCCUGGUGAACGGUGUGCCGUGGCCGCAGGACUCUGGCCGGAGGAACAGCCACACCUUUAACUGUCGCAUGCUGAAGAGGCCUCCGGACGAGCUGGACGCAGAGAACCCGGAGGCUCGGCAGCAGUACGAGAUCAUGCAGUGCUUCACCGUGUCACAACCACGGAGCAUGCAGGAGGAGGGAGAGGACCUGCAGAGCUGCCUCAUAUGUAUUGCCUGCCGAAUUCCUCGCGCCCAGCCUUUCAGCACUGAGUCCUUCAUCACGAAGCAGGACCCCACAGGAAAGAUCAUCUCCAUAGAAACCAGUGCUUUGCGAGCGACCGGCCGUCCGGGUUGGGAGGACCUGGUCAGGAAGUGCAUCUACGCUUUCUUUCAGCCGCAGGGCAAAGAGUCCUCCCACGCCAAGAAGCUGCUGCAUGAGGUGAUGACCCACGGCACCGCGAUCAGCCCGCUGUACCAUUUCACGUUAAGUGACGGGACCCCGCUCAGCGCUCAGACCCGCUGCAAGUUCUGCUGCCCCCCCAACCCUGACGUUCAGCCCUUCAUUAUGGGCAUCCACACUAUUGACAGGGAACACAACACUGCUAGCUCUCAGGAAAACACUAACCCCAGCCUUCCAACGACCCCCAGCAGCCUCCCCCAAACCCCGUCCCGCUCCCCGUCCCUCCCCCCCGGCAGCAACUGGACCCCGGGCUCAGGCCUCGCCGUCUCGGGCCUCCAACCCCCAAACAACACCAACACCUCCCCCCACGGACACAGUCCAGCCACACCCGCAGGCUACCUGACGCCCAACCGGACCUGUCCUCAGCAGGUCAGCAGCCCCUCCCCCCUGAGCAGCCCACUCACAACCACCCCUACCUCUUUUAUGUCACCCAGGAUGCCACGGGCCAGUCCUGGGUCAGGGGGGAGCCCUCGGAUCCCGGGGAACCCCUUCUCUCCUUCCACACCGGGCCUCCACUCCCCAGCCGGGGAACUGGGGAGCGGAGGCGGCCUCGGCAGGCAGCAGUCUGGCGGGGAUGGGAGUAGCGGCAGCGGCGGGUCAACCUUCUCCCUGUCGUCUCCGGUCCUUCAGAGGCAAGCCAGUACCCCCACCGGCUCCUCAUCUCGGCCUCCGUCUGCAAAACCAGAGGGAGGAGGAGGAGAAGGGGGAGAGGACUCUGUUAAAGCCCCCCUUCCUUCUGCCUCACUGCUGGGAAACCCCAGACUCAAUCAGCUCCUGGACAGCAAUGGGAUGGGAGCCGAGUCUCACAACAACAGAAUCCAUUGCACCGCAUCACCUCAUCCUCCGAACCCGCCCCCCGCCCCGCAGUGCCCGGCGUCUCACAGCACUCUGACGGAGCGGCACAAGAUCCUGCACCGGCUGCUCCAGGACACCAGUCCCAACGACGCCGGCGCGGCCGAGGAAGGACCGAACAAAAACGACGUGGAGAUCAAGAAGGAGCCACCUGCCAGCCCGGCUCUGAGCGCAGCCAAGGCCGGCUCCAGAGAGCCUCAGGACCACCAGCUGCUGCGCUUCCUGCUGGACACGGACGAGAAGGACUUGGGGGACCUGCCGCCUCCCUCAGCCCUCAGCCUGCAGACGGUGAGGGUGAAAGUGGAGAAGAGAGCCAGCGUGGACGGAGGCUCCUGCACCGGCUCUGCUGCUGCUGCUGCUGCAGGAGGAGGAGGAGGAGGAGGAGCAUCUAAAUCUGCAGGAGUCUGCAGCAGCUCUGCCUGCAUCAGCCCCAUAUCCAGCCCUGUGGGGGAGAGCCACAGAGACAGCCGCAGGGACAGCAGAGACUCCACGAUGUCCGGUGGUCCUGUUGACGUGGACCCCCUCAUCCAGCUGCUGCCUGGCCUCAGAGGCCCGAGUGGGGCCAAACAGAACAGUGAGGAUUCAACCCCGCCUGGAGGAGGCCCCCAGCUCCACUCUCCGGCCCCGCAGCCCCCGGCUCAGCUCCAGUCCCCCCUGUCGCAGCCCCGGUUGCAGUCUCCGUCCCCCCAGCUCCACUCCCCCUCCACCCAGCUCAGACUGCAGUCCCCCACUCAGCUGCAGCCCGGCGAGGCCAGCACUCGCCGCAACGUAAAUGUGAAGAGAGAGCCCCCCGGCACCCCUAACAGAGGUCUCAGUGAUGGCGGCCCGCCCUCCGGCUGCAGCCUGCAGAGUCCGACAUCCUUUGAUUUCUGCAGCCCCCCGACUCCCAGCCAGACCCAGGGAGACCCCUUCCAGACCCCCAAAGACAGCAGCCCCUUUCCAGAGGCAGAAAUUAUCAACCCGUUCAGUUCAACCACUGGCCUUUCUAAAAUGGAUGUGGGAGACUCCCAGUUCCAGGCUCUGGCUCUGUCUGACACUUUAUCCUUUGAUGGUCUUGGAACACCUUUACAAGCUCCCCUGGCUUCACCUCAAGAGCAGUGUGUACCCUGUACUCUGGAUGAGGUGCUCGGCCCCCCCACCACACCUGAGGGCCGCAACGAUGAGAAAGCUCUGUUGGAGCAGCUGGUCUCCUUCCUCAGCGGCACCGACGAGAGCGAGCUGGCGGAGCUGGAUAAAGCUCUGGGAAUCGACAAACUGGUGCAGGGAGGCUGUUUCGACCAGUUGCCUCAGACCUUCAGCACCCAGCAACCCACUGCCACCCCCGGUUCGAUGGACCCUAAACUCCCCUCCUACCCCUCCCAGUUCCCCCCGGCUCCACAGGCUCAGUUUCCUCCAGAGCUGGCAGCCGUGGGGCCUCAGGGUCUGGGGUUCGGAGCUCCUCGAGGGACUUUCCCCGGCGGGACGACGGGCAUCGGGUUGAGGCCGGGCAUGACGCGCCCGCAGGUGGGGGGCACGGGGCUCAGACUGCCCCCCAACACACUGCGCCUGCAGCUGCAACAGAGGCUGCAGGGCCCACAGCAGCUGCAGAACAGGAUGUCAGGCAUGAGUGCGUUUCCUGCAGGAGCCCCCCCGCAUGUGAACAUAGGGAUUCGUCCGGGGGUCCAACAGCCUCAGAUGCCCUCACAGCAGCCUCCCCUGAAUGCCCAGAUGCUGGCGCAGCGUCAGAGGGAGCUCUACAGCAUCCAGCACCGCCAGCGGCAGCUGUUCCAGCAGAAGGUCCUGCUGAUGAGGCAGAACCUGGCUGGUGCUCCGACUGCAGGAGCCGUGGGGCCCGUCGCCGCCGCCGCCGCCAGGCUCCCUAAAGGUCCUCCAACAACGCCUCAACCGCAGCAGCAGUUUAACUUCCCUCCAGGGUACAACCCCAUGACGGGAAAAUCCCCUACCUCACCGAGUCACUUCAGCCCGCUGACCCCCGGGGGCCCUCUGGACAACAAGCUGCCCGGCAGACUCCCUCUGAACAACCAGUCGCUGAUAGGCAGCGUGCAGGGCCAGUUCAGCAGCACCGUCAACGCCUCGCUGCAGCAGGGGCUGUUCCAGCAGUUCGGAGGGGCCGUAAUCGCCCAGGCCGACCCGUCUUUCCCUUCUGAGAUGAGCCCGACCAGCCCGUUGUUGUCGCCUCAGAACUCAACCUCCCAGAGUCCUCUGCUGCAGCAAGCCCCGCCCCCUGGCUACCAGUCACCAGAAAUGAAGAGCUGGCAACAGACCGGCAUGGGCAGCAACAGCCUGUUCAGUGCGUCAGGACAGAGUGCAGGGCAGGCGUUCGGCCAGCAGGGGGUUUACAACAACAUGAGCAUCACAGUCUCCAUGGCCGGGGGCUCGGGGGGCGUCGGAUCCUUACCUGCCAUGGGGCAGCCGGUGGGCCUCAGCAACAGUAACCUCAGCAGCGUGGGCUCAGUGUGCAGCGACCAGCAGGUGCAGCAGGUCCAGGUGUUUGCGGACGUCCAAUGCACGGUGAACCUGGUGGGCGGCGACUCCUACCUGAACCAGGGCCCCAUCGGUGCGCCGGUCUCCCAGAAGGGCCCGGGGCCUCAGGGCUCCCAGAACAGCCCGGCAGCCCAGCAGAAGAGCCUCCUCCAGCAGCUGCUCACCGAGUGAACGACGCCUCGACGACCCCCUCCUCAGCUCCUCUACAUACUUCUCACUUCUACACCUCAGAGGUCGGAGCACCAGACCCAUCGCUGCCUCUGUCUCGCCGCUCGGAUUGGAAGGAUGGAUGUUUGGAGGGUUUCAGAGUCACGCAGCCUCACCACUUCUGGAUCCCCCAGGGGGGGGGGGCUCGGUAUUUUUUUUCUUUUUGAGAGAAAAGUCAGAAGGAGCAGCAGUGUAUUUUUAAAACCUGCCUGUCUAAUCUGUCUGACAACCUGUCUGUCUGCCUCAGCCUAUCGAAAGGCAGUGUUGUCUUGCUGCUCAUUCCUUUUGGUGACCUACUUCCUGCUUCCUAACCCGAGAAAAAAAAGCAACUGCAACAUCAUUGUAGAUUUGCCAAGUUGUCGUCACUGUCAAAUCAGGGCCGGCCUCCUUUUUGUUUCUGUCGGGCCGCAGCAGCAGCAGCAGCAGCAGUGCAUCUUGGGAGCUUUGAGUUGCAGCAUACAGCUGGGCUCAUCAUUUUAAAAAAAAAAGUGUCGGGGGUAUCCCACACUGCAGCCUCUCUGGCUUUUUUAUUUUAUUUGUUGUGUUUUCGUUCACUCUACCUGUCUCUCAGCGAUGUGGGAAUGUUAAUGUUUCAGACCUCUGUUGCAUUGUGGGAUAGAAGCUCAGUAUCAGCUGGUUCUGUGACUGUCUCUCUCUAUCAGCUACAGUGCCUGGUGGAAGUUGGAGUUUUUCCCGAGCUUCUUCUUCUUCUUCUACUUUUUCUUCGUCUUCAUCUUCUUCUUCUUCUUCAUCUUCUUCUUCUUCUUCUUCUUCUUCUUCUUCUUCUUCUUCUUCUUCUUCUUCUUCUUCGUCUUCUUCUACAUAUUAUUACUAAAUACGUCUUCUGUUUUAAAUGAAAUUCUGCUCUCACCGUCAUCUUCAUCAUCACUUCAGAACAAGCUUUGAUUGGAACGGAUGGAUUUGAUGGGAUGGGAGACAGACGGGAUGCUGCUCAGUUUUUACGUGUCUUUCUCCCCCUCGUACCCAAAGGAGGAGGUGUUUAUUUUUAUUCUUUCAAAGUAUAAGAAAAAGAGACUGUUAUGAUUAUUUAACUGUCUGUCUGUCACAUUUUUACCCCCUCACCUCAGCAGCUGUGAAUAUGGAGACCCUCUCGGGCUCUCUCUCUCUCUUUUCUCUGUGUAUCUUCAUGCUAUCUCUCAGCCUAUCAGUGUUUGCCAUGCAGGCGGGUAGUAUUGUACAGUACAGAAGGACAAAGACUUGGGGAUCUCUUGUAACUGCUUUAUUUCUUUAAAAAAAAUGUAAUGAAUUAAGUAUGUAUAACGUGGAUUGGAUCUGUAGGGGUUUUUCCUUUUUUAAAUUCUAAUGGUUUAUUUCUGGCACCAUGAUAUUGUAAUACAGUGGAGGAUUAGUCCAUCUGAAAAAAAGCGAUUUAUUAUAUAGCUCCCUUCAGCAUCACAUCCAGCGCUAUGUAAGACGCCACACUACAAAAAAGAAGGUUUGAUUGCUUUGCUUUCUCUCGUGCUAAACGGGGAGCUAAGUUAGCCAUCUUCUCUUGCUUUCUCCACCAUUUUUAUUCUUAUGUAUGUACAAUACUUUCAAGAGAACUUUUCAGACAGUACAUGUGUUUGUAACCAUUGUAUAAAAGAAAUAAUAAUAUCUUUUAAAAAGCGUUUCUGGCCGUGACGACUGCGGAUGCUAACAGUACCUAGCCUAGCAUCCACGCGCCAUCACAGCAAAAAAACGCCUUUUGGAUAUUGUUCCUAUAUAAUGACAUUUAAGUAGAGGCUUUAGUAAUAGAAGUUCCUAACAAAAACAUGUGAUGGAUAAUUUAAAAAGCUGUCAUGAAAUCGAAUCGAAACAGGAAGGGUUGAGUCGCAAAAAAAAGAUGACUUCUUUAUUUUUCUUCUUGGUUUUUUUUUUGGGAUUCAACCCUCUUCUCCAUCCACUCCACUGACUGAACACACACUCACACACAGUUUUCUGUUGACUACUGUUGCUCAGUCUGACACAACAGACCUCUGUUGACGAAGAAAGAACACACUGACCAGGAAGUACAAAAAAAAAGGACAAACCUUACCGAGACGUAGCUUCUAAAUGAUCUUUACAUGACUUUGAAUGAUCUGGAUAUCAGGCAUAAGAAAAGUCUGACCUAUUAAUGAGGUUUUCCAUUUCCUGUAGUGUGUUAUUUAGUGCAUGUUAAUGGUCUGCAAAGGCUAAAAUCCCUGUGUCCCCUCCAGAAGGAGUCUCUCUCCCCCUGCCUGAAACGCCUCCAUUGGAUCCCCUUGUUUUACUUCCUAAAAACUUGCAUUUCUAUUGGCUAGCUCUCCCAAAGAGGCGGGACAUCUCUAAGUGAUUGACAUGUCAAAGUAGACGCACAAAAUAUGAACCUGAAACUCAGCUUAUGUCUUCUUUAAACCAAAGAAUUAGAAUUCUUAAGGACUGAAAUCCUUUUUAACAAAGGAACAGUUGAAUUAGAGGAGAUAUUUUGAUUUAAAUUGACCCAAAAAUGUAAUUUCCUGUCAAAAAAUGCCACAACGUUCCUGGUCUUGGUUUGUCUUUUUCUUUUUCCUUCUUCCUUAGGGACAGUAGUGGAAUCUGUGGAGAGGGGUUUUUAUUAUAUUUUGCACACAGCGCAGACCUCACAUUCAAGAUGAUCGGGACGUUUCUGUAAAACCUCCUCACUCAUCCCUCACAUUGCAGUCCGAUGCCCCCCUCAGUGGAAUAGGGCUUUCCUGUGUACUGAUUUCUUGGUGUUUCAGAUUUUUUUUUUUACCGUGAUACUUCAACGUAUGCAACAGAAAAGAGGGAUAGUAUGCAAGGUCAACAUUCCACACACAAACUCCUCCGAUGUUGUAUGAUGUGAGAACCACUUUGUGCUCAGCUGAAAGGCUCUGUGUAUCCAAACAGAGGCCCGGGUCGGUCUGCAGAAACACACAUUUUACACAUGAUUUACAGAGACUUUCUGAGAUUUUAUUUUUCUAUUUUUCUGUGUGUGUAUAUUUAUUAGAAAACCAUCAGUAGUGCACCUUUUUAUUACCUCAUUAUUAUUGUUUUAUCAGAGAGUCUGAUAACCUUUCCUCUUGGCCAUGAGUUCACACUGUGGGUUUGGUUGAUCAGAAAAUUAACGUGCAUGUCUCUGCUUUGGCUAUGUUGCAUAUUUUAAUUCAACAAUGCACUUAUUAAGGAGACACAUAUGUAACCUGAGGUCUAGGGUGCAAAUAACUAUUCAUUUGAUUCAGUUUGAAUCACUUUUAAGUCUGUAAAAUGUUUCCCAGAUCCCCAGGUGCAUUUUUAUUCAACCAAAUGUAAAAUAUAUUCAAUUGAAAGUGAUAUAAAAAAAGGGGAAAGCAUCGAAACCUCACUUAUUGGUCAUUUUUGCACGAUAAAAAACCCCUCAAAAUGUAAAGAUAAAUGGCUAUUGCCAGCUCUCAUGAGAUUACCAUAAGUAUAUACUUUUAAAAAAUGGUUUUAUUCAGACCGACCUGCAGUUCUAUUUAAAGCUGUCCAUCUACCUCCAAACUGAGACGUUACAUCUUACGUCCAAGUCUGUAAUACAUAAAAGAAACGGUGCAUCUACACGCUGUUAGUCGACCAGCAGUACGAAACAGCAGAUGAUGCUUAAAGAAUAACAAAAAACCUCAGAAUAAAUGUAAAAUACUUAGACUUACAGCAUUUACAUCAGCUGAUCCUUCAAAAAUGGGUUUUAAUCCAGAUCGUUUGCAGUUUACUUUUUUUUUUUAAACCGCCCUCCAUCAAAAAAGAGCAUCCCCUUUCAGUCUCUGAUGAUAAGCACUCUUACCUCCCUUUGUUUAUUUAAAAGCAAGGAAACAUUUUGGGGUGUAAAUUGGGGGCAAAAAUGCUAAAUCCUGAUUUUCUUUUUCUAAAAUCUAAACAUUUGGACUUUUUUUGAACGCCUGCACUUAGAUUAUUGUCCAUGUUGCACUUACUAUAGGCAGCACUUACAAAAGACAGCUUCUUACGCCACCAAACCUCAUCCACGCUGCCUCUGCUUUAUUAUUUUUAGGACAUUUCCUGAUGUGUUGCUCACAGUGUGAACUCGGCGGUCGGACAGUCCUGCGCGCCACUGUUUGGUCGAUGUAAAAAAUACUCAGAAGAGACAGAAGCUGCACAAAGUGGAAGAAUGUAUUUUAUUAUUUUAAUGGGAAGGAUUCUGCCAGUUUCUGCCUCCUCUUGUGUCACACACACACACACACACACACACACACACACACACACACACACACACACACACACAGUAUUGAUAACCUCCAUCCUUCCCGUCACUCUUCUGCGUGGAAUAGGCAUUCCUCUACAAACAGCAGCUUAUGAAAAACAUGCCAAAUACAACCAAUGUUUGUUUCGUUGUUUGUUUGUUAUUGUUUAUUUUAUGGAAAGAAAAAACAGCAGUCCCUCCUCUUUUUUUUCCUCACUACAACAACAACAACAACAACAACAACAGGUACAAGGUUCUUUUAUAACGUUCAAGAUGUUAACAUAAUGUAUAUAACAGAGAAAUGUGAAUAUGUAUUUGUUCAGAAUCAAACAAAAAAGUAGUGCUCCGAGUUUGUGGUAAAAAAAAACUACUCGCCUCCGUCAUGAUUUUAUGUUUUCUACUUUUUUUAUUUUCUGAUGAUGUGUGUAUGUUAUAUGACUGUGUGUGUGUGUGUGUGUGUGUGUGAGAGAGUGUAAGUGAUUAAUACUGUAUAUCUGGUGUUCUCGAAGAUGGAAACGUGGAAGAUGUCCUGGUUUGAUUCUUUUCUUCUUUCUACUCUUUAGACCCUGCACAGUACCUGUGGGUGUUUCAGAUUCAAACAAACAAAAACAACCUUUGCCAGAGAAUGGUUUCUAGCGACUGCUGAAUGUGAUUUUACUGAGGGAGAGAAGCAGUGUGGACUGGCUUUGUUUUUUUCUUGUUUUUUUGUACGGGUUGAUUUAAAAAAACACGCAACAAAAAAAAGGCCAUAUUAUUUAAUUUUCUCUGUUAAAAAAAGAAAAGUUUAAGCAGAUCUGGGAGGAGUGGAGCCUUGGUUUCAUGGAGAAGCAUCGCCUGGUUGUUGUGUUUCCUCUUCAUUUCCCUCACUGAUGUAGCCUUGUUUUUUGCAUUAGCAAACGACCAAAGCUUCGAGAUGGAUAUCAUAUGCAAACCCCACCAUCACUGGACUUAAUGUAGCGGCUCUGUUUCGUCUCUCACACACACACGGCUGUGCAUGUUCCUCGCUUACUCUCCACACACACACACGAUCUGUCCUCUGGAGACGCCUCAGUCACUCUCCUUUUGUUGCCAAUGAGGUCUUUUUUGUGCCUGAAGUGUUAUUUCCGUUUACAGGAAUUAAAAAACAUUGCAACCGAUAGCUAUGCACCUUACUGAAACAAGCAUUUCCUAUGUAGAUGUAACACUGGAGCAACACUAAGCAAAGUAUUUGUAGUAAUUAAUGAUAAGAAAAAGCCCCUUCGGUUAGUCUUUAGUUGACUCUCUUUUCCUGAUCCUUUAUACCAAACUCAAGGUGCCUCGUGUAUAUACUUUCUGCAGCGGAGGGAUUGCUCCUGCGCUGUUUAACAAUAGUAACCUUGUUAAGCAGGGUUUUUUUAAAACCUUUUUUCACCUUUGUAAAAAAAAUAAACUGUAUUAUAAACUGACUUUUUUACACACGUAGAUUAAUCAAAUUAUUCCAGGAAAUAUUUGCAAAUACAAUCUAAUUUUGCACUUUAUAUAUAUAUCUCUAUGUAUAUAUAUAUAUAUCAGAUUUACUUGGAAGUGACAAGGCCAUCAUGCAAUCAGAAAAGUAUUUGGAGAUAGACAAAUAAAAAAAGUCCCCUGAAUGUAAAAAUUAAACGAGUCGUUCUGGUUCUUCCCGGAGAACUGGACUGCAGUGGAUACCCAUUAUUCGAACGGCUUAACAAUUGUACACACCUUCUACCUUCUCUUCGUCUUCGUCUUUCUGUCUACACCAACCGAUCCUCAGUAUAAAUACUAUGCCAAUCUUCUUCAGGUGACCCCACCCCUCCCCCACACCCUCUUUUCUCCUCUUCCUCUCGGCAAACUGUAUACAAAUCUCAGCUUGAACUCUCAGAACAUUCCUGUUAGCUCGUUAGCCGCAGCUCGUCGUUCACUCUGCCGCUUCAAACGUGUUUUUCCUUAAACCAAGGUGGACACUUUUCAAUUUGUUAUCCUGGUUGUGUGAGAUUUAGCGACAGCUGUGCACUGACAUGUACGACCACCCUGUGCUGCUUGUCUUCUCUGGUUUGCUUGCUUCCUAAUGGGGGAUAUGUGCAGAAAAUACCAGUAUGUGACCAAUGCAUGCUUCAGGAUUUGGGAAGUCAAUAGCUAAGAAAUGUGAUGCAUGAGAUAUUAGCUUUAAUCUUCAAUAAAUCCACAUUAUGUGAUCAUCGUGUGAGGGCAUAGUCAACCCUGGAGCUUUAUUGAGGUGUUUUUUCUCCAUAUGGCCGAAUAUCAUAGACAGAAAACUAAGGAAUUUGAUGUGAAAUAUUCCAAAAAUGAAGGAGUUAGGGCUUGGCAAGAUUAGAAUAGGUUUGAAUAUGGUAAUAGGACAAAUUAAAUGAACACAAAUAUUAGAUUUAGAACAUGUUUCUAGCUCUUUAAUUAUAUUUCCCUUUCAAUAAAUCCACUUUCUGAUGAUUAUUUAUGAAAACUAAAGGGUGAAAUGUUUGUAAAAGCACCAAUAGUUAACCCAACAACAUCGUUAAAUUAUCUUUAUUGACAUAUUUGGUCAAAAGUAUCACAUUAUACGAUUUUCCUCCAUAUCGCUCAGCCCUAAAAUGAGGAUAUAUUUCCUGAAAAUGACCAGAAAUCCUCUCCUCCCAUUGGUCCAAACUGGUAUCUGUGCACCGCCCUCUGCAGUCCAUUAACUCCCACUCAUUCCUGGUGCAGGUGUUAAGUAACUUCUGUGUGUGAACAGCGUGCUGCCGUUUUGGUUCACAGACUUUAUUGUUGUUGUUAUUAUUAUUGACUCACCACUUGUUGUUGUUUAUUUCUGGGGGGGGGGGGGGGGGGUUACAGAAGGUGAUGCUUUCUCUGGAUAAUUUGCGAGGAAAAUGACCAAGGUUCCACUUUCUCCCUUGUACAAAUUAAUAUAAAUAAAUAUAUAUAUAUAAAUAUAUAUUAUACUCAUUUUUGUCCGUUUCUUUGUAUGCUACACUCGUGUAAAGUUUGUUUUCAAAAGAGGCAUCGGAGCAGCUAUUACAAGACAAUAUGAGUGAUGUUCAUCUGGGAGAAUUUUAUGCACGUUAUAUUUUCUCUUUCUCUCUCUCUGUCUCUUUUACUCCCCCCCUCCCCCCUCUGUUCAGGUGUGUAACGUGAAUAUAAAGAAAUCUACCUUUUUCUUUUUUGAAUGUUGUAGACAAUCAGUCUCAGGCCGGGUCCAGCCCCUGUAGGCGGUGAGAGCCCUGCAGGGGGACAGACAAACACACACACACACUUUUUAUUAUUUGCAUCUACUGGAAGUCUAAAAAAAAAUUGGAGGUUUUGUUUAUCCAUAUGUUUGUGGCUGCUCAAGUUUACACACACACACACACACACACACACACUUCUCUACUACACUCAAAACACAAACACCUCGUGCAUUUGAUCCCUCUGCUUUUUUUUUGUUUUGUUUCCAAGGUGAGGAUGCCAACCUUGAGGAAAUGAUGCUUUGACUAACAAAUCUAUAACAUCUAUGAAUGUGGGAAUGCAACACAUUGCAAUAAAAGCACCAUUUGAAAUGCA